AUGAGAACUCCUGAUGUGGGGACGAGCCACGAGGGGCACGAUAUCUUUCGAGAAUGCCUUGCAGGGAUUAAAGAUGGUCCCGAUCCAGAUGCUUCUUUCAUUUUCGAUGAGGCUCAUCGUCUCUUCAAACAAGAUGUGACGCUCCAUAAAGAAUCAUUUUCCAAGUCUCGAGCUGAGCUUGCUCGAUGUGAGGUCGAGCUUAAGAAAAUCUCGAAAGAGAGGGACGGUCUUAAAACCCUCUAUGUCAAGAAAGAUGAGGAGAUCAGUGACCUUCGAGCUGAACCGGCGGAGGCUCGUCAAGAAUGGACCGAGCUUGUCGAAGAGGUUCAACAAAAGAGCGAGCUGGUGCAGCAGCUCCGAGAGGAGCUCAAGAUGAAGGAAGCCGAGACCCUAGGGUGGAGGCAAGGCAUGGGUCGUCUUGCUUCGGAGAAGGAUACUCUUCGAGAGCAGCUGGCUUCAAACGAACGCCACCUUCAAAGUGUGAAGGAGGAAAGCCUGGCUCGAAGUCGAAAGAUCGAGGAGCUUGAAGCUAAAUCUGCUGUUGAGCUUGCUAACAGCUGGGCAAAGGAGAUCUCUGCUGCGGCCAAAGUUAAGCUAUCAUGUGCACUUGAUCAUGCCAGGCGGCAGUCCCGGAGAGAAACCCUCAAAGAUGUGUAUGCUCGUGGCUUCAAUCUCUCGGCCGAUAUCAAAAAAGCAAAGAGUUUGGAAGAAGAGGCUGUCACUUUGCUUUCUGUUGACAAGGAUUCAGCCAGUGGUUCCGAGAGCGGAGGAGACGAAGAUGAAGUCCCCGAGGGGGAGGUUCCCGAGGGCAAAGCUCCCGAAGGUGCUGCUGCCAAAGUUGUGGCCCUAGAGUAG